AAUAUUUCUAACAUUGGUAUCUUACUGUAAAUGUCAACACACGGGACUUGUUUACUGUGGUACUGUGGUGCUGUGGGGCGGAGUACUGAGAUGCUGAAUUUUGAAGCUGCCAAACAGAGAGUUAGGAGUUGAUUGGUUUAGAAUAUGGUUGCAGUGUUGACAGCUGCCUUAAUGACUGCUGCAGAGAUCUCCAAUCUGUUUUCUGCAUUAGGAGUAUUAAUAUGCUUCAUCUGCAUGGUCAUCUUUAUUAUACGGCUACAAGGGGAAGAUUUAUUUGGGGCCUCUGUGGUGCAUGUUGCUCAGCCACCAGUGGCCCAGGUAGAAUUCCAGAAAGUUGCUGUUCCAUUUUCUCUUGAACUGCACAAGCCUGGUGAUGCAUCAUUUGCUGAUAUCCAGUUGAAAAUACGCAGUGAGGUGUCAUACAUUAUGCGCAGUUUCUGGGGCGUUCCCUCCGACCACCUUCACGCUCUGCUGAUGUCCUCCUGGUCGGGCUUCUUCAUGCACUUAAUUGAAAAACCAUCAGUUAAAGCAGAGAUUACAGAUAAGGUUGUGAGUAAUGACAUCGAUGAGGAAACAGAGUGCGUGAAGCAUGUUGGCAUCCGUCCCAUUGCUCCGCCACUCACUCUUGGAAUGUCCCCAAGGAAAAAUUACCCUCUGGUUGUUUGCAUUAUGCGCCAAGACUCACUUCAGCAGGCUGAUGCAAAUGGAGUGGGGGCAUUGAUCACCAUCAUCCACAUCAAGGAUUCUGAAUGUCAGAUCCCCACCUGCAUCCUACACCAGUACCUCAAGCAGUACUCAGGUCAACUCACCAAGUUACAGGCUUUGUACACACAGGGCAAUAAUGGAAGCCAGAAAUCUGAAGAUAGAAAUAGUGAUUCUUCAGAUGAAGAGGUGGAAGUUGAGAGUAAGGGUACAAGUAAUGACAUAAAUGAGGAGGAGGCAGAGGUACCCCUUGAGGAAGCCUGUGUUGUGUGUCAGACCAAAAAGACUACACGUGCUUUAUUGCCUUGUCGUCACGUUUGUGUAUGUGAUGUGUGCUGCGGGCGCCUAGAUAACUGCCCCAUGUGUCGUGCUCGUAUUCUCGCGUACUUCCUCGUAGCUCCAGAAGAUUCAUUGUCUGUCAGUGAGGAUGAGACAGUUGAGGUACUGGAACCCCCUUCAGCUUGGCGACGGCUAAAUGAUACAGUGACACGUAUGAUAGGUGCAGAACAACAGUGAUAAAGUAUGGUAGAAGGUUAGAACAACAGUGAUAAAUUAUGAUGGAAGGCUAGAACAACAGUGAUAAAGUAUGAUAAAAGGUUAGAACAACAGUGAUAGAGUAUGAUAGAAGGUUAGAACAACAGUGAUAAAGGUAUAGGAGGUUAGAACAACAGUGAUAGAGUAUGAUAGAAGGUUAGAACAACAGUGAUAAAGGUAUAGGAGGUUAGAACAACAGUGAUAAUGUUGGAGAGAUUUAUUUUUUGUUUAAAGUUUGUACAGUAGUCAGGAAUAUGUAGGUACAGAUGGUGCUCGCUUAAUGUUAGUCCAUUCAAUGUCGUUUUGAUUUUACGUUGUGGACCCCCAAAAUUUAGUACCACAAAGCUUAUACAAUGUGAGAGCUCUUGUUUUUACACAAUACCUUUAAUAGCUGUUGAAUAUGGUGCAAAGCUGAAACUUAAUGUGAGAGCGUUUUUGUUUACAGUUUAGUUAAGAAUUUACCUAAAACAUAUGGGAAUUCCAACUAGAAUGUCAAAACUAUCAAGUACGUUAAUAUAUUUACGGAGUCCCCUAUAUUUACAGUAGAUGCAAGCUGUCAUAGGAAACAUUGCCAUAAAUGUGUACCCCUUAAUUGUUUCUUGUGGGAUAAAUAGCUUCACACAUCCCAAUUUUGCACUUCGCAUAUGUUUUCAGGAAUGGAACUGUUGCUAUAAAUGAAUACCAUCUGUAUGUAUCGAUGAAAUAAAGGUUUUGUUUAAUUUCAGAAAGAAACGGUCAUUUUAGAUAUAGAAAAAUAACCAGAAAUUACCCUUUCUAGGACCAAAAUCACCCCUUGUACAUAACUAACCUCUGCUUAUUAUAUUCAGCUUAUGGUAAUUUUGGUUUAAAUUUGUGUCAUUUUGAUUAACUUGGCAGAUUUCAGGAACAGAGAGCCUCAUUGUUUACUGUAAACUGCCUGUACUAUAGUGUGGGAAUGAAUGUGUAUUGACUUAAAGAUGAAAUAGAUUGUUAAUUUUAUGGCAUUGGUAUAUGGCUUUAAGAGUGGGGCAGUAGUGACAUUUGAAGUGUAUUUUAGUGAAAGUAAGAGGUACCAUUGUGUAGUUGGUGAUGGUAAGAGGUACUGUACCAUUGUAUAGUUGGUGAUGGUAAGAGAUACUGAACCAUUGUAUAGUUGGUGAUGGUAAGAGGUACUGUACCAUUGUAUAGUUGGUGAUGGUAAGAAAUACUGUACCAUUGUAUAGUUGGUGAUGGUAAGAGAUACUGUACCAUUGUAUAGUUGGUGAUGGUAAGAGGUACUGUACCAUUGUAUAGUUGGUGAUGGUAAGAGAUACUGUACCAUUGUAUAGUUGGUGAUGGUAAGAGGUACUGUACCAUUGUAUAGUUGGUGAUGGUAAGAGGUACUGUACCAUUGUAUAGUUGGUGAUGGUAAGAGGUACUGUACCAUUGUAUAGUUGGUGAUGGUAAGAGGUACUGUACCAUUGUAUAGUUGGUGAUGGUAAGAGGUACCAUUGUAUAGUUGGUGAUGGCUAGAGAUACUGUACCAUUGUAUAGUUGGUGAUGGUAAGGGGUACCAUUGUAUAGUUGGUGAUGGUAAGAGGUACCAUUGUAUAGUUGGUGAUGGUAAGAGGUAUCGUUGUAUAAUUGGUAUUCUUGGAACACAAUUUGGGCAUGUGACCAGACUGGUUUAGGGUGGCAUUAUUUUCAUUGUUGUUCUCAGAGCUAGUCAUUGAUAUAUAAGGUCCUUAACCAACCAUGUGGGAAUGCCCCUUAACAAAACCUCGAGAAAUGUAUGAAAGUUGUUAAUGUUUGUUUUGUAAAUACUGCAGUGAAAAGCUUUAAUUGAUGGGGUAAAACAGUACACCUAAUAGUACUGUACAGUAUGUGUAAUACUGGAGGAGGAUUGUGUACCUGAACCAGCAACCUGAGGACAUUUCCUUGAGGAAAAUAAAUGCUUUCUUAUUUAAUGAGAAGGCCAAAGUGUUGACAAGGAAAUUCUAGACCAUUUUGUUGGUUCAUUUCAUAUAGAGCCAGAUUAAGACAUACUGAGGCCUUAAAGUGUGUAAAGAUUUAGAGCUCUCAUACCAUAAUAAAAAAUAUAGUAAAGAGAAAGAACUAUUACAUUCUAAUAGCAAGGGGAAUGAAAAAAUAAAUGAUAGAACCUUAUAUUUUCAUAUACAGUACAGUAUACAUAGACAAAAAUGCAAUGAACAACUCAUAACCUAAAUAAAAUAUACAUCUUGCAAAAAACCUUAUUUGCAUUAUCAUAUGCCUUAUGAUUUCUUAAUUAGCAUAUUUGAAAUUGAAGACUUAUGUCAUAAAGCAUUGCACAAAUCAGCACUUAGUAAAUGGAAGCAGUAAUGCAAGUUGCACUGUCCCUUCUGUUUGCACAAAUUUAAAACAUUCUCUUUCAUGAUUUCCGAAGAGCAAAGUCAUGGAAGAUGUCAUCAAAUGAUUAGCUAUAAAGUUUAUCACUCUCUAUGCACAUAAUGAUUAAUGCAGGCAGCUUUUUUGCAGCAUUGAUGUUUGCAGUUCACUCUUAAUCCUCUUCAGCAAUGAACAUGAAAUUUUAACUGAGCAGUUUGUUACCAUUGCAGUUAUUUUUUUUAGUAUAAUGGCCCAUUAGACUAAACAAUAGCUGCAACAUUGCUUCUACGUUAGGAAAACUAACUGAAUCAUAUCUUGGAAGACAACUCGAUAAAGGUCCUUGUGGCAUAAAUGUCCAUAAUCUGAAUAAUUUAGCUUGAUAUAAGCAUGUAAAUGCUGUACAGUAUUUCUCAACAAAGUUAACAUCAACAUCACCAAGAUAGUCUUCUAUCAGAGCUUUACAUCUUCACACAACUGUUCUUCUGAUGCUUCUAAAUCAACUAAAAUUGGAAAUACAAUAUUUUGCAACGUUAUCACAUGUGAUUGCUUUUUUUUUUACAUGGAGAUUAGCAGAUCAGGACUGUGUUGCCACACUAUUAGGGCUCAUGUGAUGUCGGCAAGAUGAUGAUGACUUGAGUUCACAAGUGUUGCGUGUCAAUUACAAUUACACAAAAUGUUGUAAUUAAGUUUAAUUUAAAUCACAAUUACUCCAAGUCUGGUUUUGAUGGAGUCUCCUACAAAACUUAAGUGACUUGUCUGUAAUGGUUCGAGUGAGGUUAGGCCUUAAUCUGUAGCUUACUUAGUUUUUGCCUAAAUCCAGCACUGCUAUCAAAGAUGGAAUUUUUUUAUGUCUAGAUGAUAGUAGAAGAUAAUACUGUAUACUGUACAUAUUAUUUUAUUUUAAGGUGUCAACACUUUCUUUUCUUAUAUUAUUGGGGUUCUGGGUGUAGACAAGACCAACAGUUGCCUGGAGCAACUGGUGGAGUCAUUUGCCAAGGUCUGGGAAUAUUUGUUUAUAAAAUGAACCAACCUGAUCUAUCUAACCUAACCUAAAGUAUUAGUUAUAAAUUUCUUUUAAUACAAGUAUUUAUAAAAAAAAAAAAAAAUCCUGUCCAUGAAAGGAACCAACAAAA